AUGGUCUUGACAGUGCAUAAUUAUGAGAAGGACAGCGUUGACAAAUGCAUUGAAUCGUUAAGAAAGGAGUCAAUGAAUAACUUUUCCGAAUUAGAACUGAUACGGUCUUCGAGCCUCAAGGCGAUUGCACUUGCUUCAAAACAAAGUCUGAGCAAUUCGAGAGAUCAUCUGAAAGAGAUUUUCACGCAGACUGAGAAAUUGUACAACGCGUUGGAAUCGUUAGCCACUUUUAAAAGAAAAAUAUCAAGAGAAGGAUUACGCAUUUUUCAAAACGUGGCGAAAAUGCAAAUGAAAAUGGUUGAAAUUAAGAGCAAUAUGAAAAACUUCAUGAAAGAUAACUCGUCCGGAGUUUCAGCAGGGCUGAUCUCCAAUACAGAUGACACCCCGCGUGAGCAGGACUCAAUAGCAAAAGUAAGACAGGCAGAGAAUUUGCUUUCUAUGACGGUUGAUUUGCCGUUGCUUUUCGGGUUCAUGUUGAUAGAACAGAGAAGACAAUACGAGUGGUUUGACUUUUUCACUAAAGGUGUUGUUAGCAAUGUGUCAGAACAGUUAAUGAUUAUUAUUGAUCAUGAGAAAAUGUUUCAAAAGCUUUGGAUCAAGAAAUUUGGAGCUUUCAUAAAAUUGCUCAAUGUCAAGAAUGAUGCGAGAGUCCACGUACCGUCAGUUGAAGUCUCGUUGUCAAAUGGGUAUUCCGAGGCCAUGAAAGGCUCCACCCUUGCAUUUCUUGGAGACUUGGUGAUAGAGAGAGAUGAUAUUGCUCAUUACAUUGAGAGUAUCAAGACCCAUAAAUUCACCAACAGUUCGAAAUUUGCCUCUCUUCUUGCGAAGAACUUUAAAGAUUUAAUGAUUUCUACAGAUAACUUGAAAAAAGUCACAAGGGUUGUUUCCUCCCUUGGCUCCAUGACAUCCGUUAAUCCCAUUGAGACGAAUCUGAUGGUCCUAAGAAACUACCAAGAAGGACUGAAGGAGUUCGAGCAAGAUCAUGAAAUUAAUUUGGUUAAAGACCUUAGGCAGAGAAUUAGAAAACUCGAGGACCUACUUCAUCAACAGCAAUACUCGAAUCUCUCCAACUGGCCCGUAAUUAAGAGCCAAGGGGUUAAAAUUAGCGACGCUAAUAAUAUGAGUAUGCUUCUCACAUCUCAUCCUUCGCCUAUGACUUCUGAUCCCACCAAGUUUUUGAAGGAAAAGUCAAAGAAUUCAUCUAUCGAGGAAAAGAGAGAGAUGAAAGCAAAACCCCUCGACGCCUCGACUACCAUUGAUAAGCACUUAGAUAACAUUAGACUAAAAAAGGAGAAUAACGAGUUGAAAAACUCGAAUAAACAACUCCAUGAGUCGAAUCUCAUCUUGAAGGAACAAAUUUCAAAGUUGCAAGAGUCUUUGAGGUUGGAACAGCAGAAGAAUGAAAAUCUUCUGUCGCAGUAUGAGAAAAAAUUAUCCGAGGUUCAGUCUUACGCCACGGAGCUCAAAGAGUCCAACGUAAAUGAAGCUCAAAAAAUUCGGGAGGAACAUAAUGCAAUGGUAACUCAAUUGGCAAAAGAUAAAAAUGAAUUGAAGUCUAAAGUGAAUGAAUUGGAAUCGAAGAACCGUACUUUGGAAAAUAAUGCAUCCAGUAAUCGUGACCUUGAACAAGAAAUAUCUGACCUCACCGCUGAACUUAGCGACUUGAGGAUAUUCAAAACAGAAUUGUACUCGAAUAUGCAAGCAAAAAGUGCUGAAUUUACGAACGAAAGGAAUGAGCUUGAGAAGAAAAUUAAGGAUCUCAUAUCGCAGCUCGAAAGACUGACAGAUGACUAUGAGAAUUUGAUGGAGAUCACACAAGCUAAAGAGCGGCACUUUGAGGCUACUAUUGCUAGUGCAACGGACGUCAUCAAACAAUUAUUUUUGAGAGUAAUUCAGCUUAUGCGCAGAUGCUAUAAAUUUGUGGAGGAAUUUUCUUUGGUUUUGGAAUCCAUGGGUCUUCUUUUAAUCGAAGAGCAAAAUGCUGAAACUAAGAAAAUGGAAUACAGAAUAAAACGGGUCAAAGGCUUAAAGGCAAAGAAAGCCGAUCAUGGUGAAAAUGCUCUAAUCACAGAAUCCAAGCUGCAUGGCAUCCAUUCGUUGGUAGUUGAAGAGAUUGCAAAAUCUAUGAAAUGGGUAGAAUCUAUCGGAGUGUCUUUUGAAGAUGAUACUGGCGACGAGACGAUGAAAGACGAAAUUAUUAACGAGUAUGAAAAGGAAGCGACCCGAUUAUCUCACUUAUUCGAGAAAUAUUUUUCAGAUUCAGAAGACCGCUUGUCUCCCUUCGCUGCAUUCUUUAAUACAAUAUCGUUUGAUGAAAACGUACAAUUACACGCAUUAGAAACAGAUACUGUGGAAAUCAACAAGAUGUUCUUCCUCAACUCUAUUGCGAAGAGAUUCAACGAUGUCGAAGGAUUUGCGAAGAAGUUAACGAAAGAAAUCAAGUCCAAAACUCAAGAAAAGUCUGUGGACGGAGCCAAGAAACGGAUAGCAGUCAACAACUUCUCAGAAGGCGAUUUGGUCCUCUUCCUUCCAACCAGAAUCGAUGACGGCUUGGCAAUUGAAAACGAAGAUAUUCCAAUACCGUGGACAGCCUUCAACUUAGAUGCCCCUCAUUAUUUUUUGGAUAUAAGCACUAAGACUAAUAUUGGGAAUGAGGAGUGGUACGUUGGUCGAAUAAUCAGUAUGGAGGAACGUCUUGUCACAGACGAGAACGCCCAAGACAAGGAUGAAAAUCCGUAUCACUUGAGCGCAGGAACUUCUUGGUACAUGGUGCAGACGAAAUAG